AUGGAUGAAAAGAAAGAUACAAAAAAGAAGAGGGUCUCCUUUGCACCUGAGCCUCAAGUGAUGUACAUAUAUUCCGAGGAGGAGAACAAAGGCAAUAGGGGCACUGAUUCUGGCAUAUUAAGCGAGGAAGAGAUUUCUGUGGAGCUGACUGUGGACCAUCUUCGAGCUGAGGAGUCGCAGGGUAAUGAAGGACUAAAUGCAAACUUCCUCAGCACAGGAUUGAAUGAUCUGAUGAAGGAAAGCAAGGAUGGGCAUAAUGCAAAGGACGGCAAUGCCAUUAAGGAAAAUGUUCCUAAUGACGGAAGAAUAGGGAAGGACUACCCAGAGGAAGAAGGAAGUUGUACACAGAUAGAGAUUCCUGGGGGAUGUGAAGAAGAGAAGGAUGUGAAUAGAGAAGGGGCUUCAGGAGAGAUAAGAGAAGGCAUUGAAGAUGUAGAUGGAUGGAAAGAAAGCAUCUUGAAGAACGAGGAUGAAGUGUUUGAAGACACCCUAAUCAGCAAUGAGACGAUUAAUGUGGAGGAGAUUAUAAAUACUCAGGAUCUUCGGAAGAUGAUUCCACAAGCUAAAAGAGAAGUUGUAAAUGUUUCUGAGCUACUAGUUUCAAAGGGGAUCAGAUUUCUUGAUAGUCUCGUCGUAUCUAACACAAGAAGAGAUACGAUGUCGAAAUCCCUGAAUGAGGUGCAUCCAAGGCAAGAAAAGUUCUAUGAGAGCUUUCUGGAGCCCCGAACACGGUUUUUUCUAGAGUUCAGCUCCGAACUUGAGGAAAGGAUGUCCAAGCAAGAAAAGGUAAACAAUGAGUUGGAGAGGGACUUCAACAUUUCCGGGACUGUUUUUGAAAGAGAGGAUGCCUCUAGCCAACUCAGAAGCUUGAAGACUGAAUGCAGGAUGAGGGCAAAGAUUGAGUGGUAUGAGCUUCGUAAGGAAAAGGAGGUUGAGUUCAACAGAGAGGUGACCGAUAGGAGGAACCGGCUUGCUGAGGAGUAUAACGACAUAUCUGGAAGACUAAAAGAGGUUUCUGAGGAUGUUGAAGCGAAAGGAAAGAGCAAUGAAAGGAUGGAGGAACAGAUAAGCCGAAUAAGGAACAGGGUUGGGGGAGAUGGAGAGGAAAAGGAUCGAAAGAUCUCUGAGCUGAAGUUGGUAAUAAGUGAGCAGGAGAAUGCAAUUGAGAAUAUUAAGAAGGAGGUGAAAGGACUUGAAGAGGAGAAAAUAAGGAAGCAAGCUGAGAAACGUGUGUUAAAAGAGGCAUUAAAAAAGAUUGAGGAUGAGGUUAAGGACCUUGAGAAGGCAUUGAAGGUCCAGAAUGUAACUGAGGGGCAACUAAAGGAGAUAAGGCAGGAGUUCCGAACCAUAUGUGCUAUUUUUGGGAUGGAGAUAAGUAGAGUAGAUACUUCCGAGAUUAGGCUCAAGUUACUAGGAUAUGAUUUCAAGAUAGGUUUAGAGGAAGGGUUUAUGAUAAGGUCUAUUGAUAGUACCCCCUUAUGCGACAGGAAAGGAUUGGGGCUUCUAUACCACUACUUUGGAAGGUAUUUCAAAGGUGUAGGCCUUAGUUUUUUCAAAGGCAUUAGGAACGUUAUGCUUACAUCAGCAAUGGCAUCGGGUAUAUACAAGGAAGUGGGAGAAAUCGGGAAAAGUCACGAGGUUGAAUGCCAUCUCAAUGAUGACGAAGUUAUUGUUAGAAUACUGAUGCUGGAUAUUGCAAAAUGCACCAAGUGUGAGGUUGCUAUCAUUAUAAGAAAUGGAUUUGAAUGUUUGAUCCAAUGGGGAGGUAAAAGUAAAGCCUAUGACCUUAGGAAGGAUAUGGGUGUGAUAUCAAGGUCUGUGGAAGAGGCACUUGUAAGUCUCUGA